AUGAGUCGCCGCAAAGUCACCGUCGACGGCAUGUCAGCCUGUGGGAAAACACGCCUGAUCACAGUGCUGGCUGAAUAUGCAACAGCCCACUAUCACGGCAAAGUCAAACCUCGGGAAGAAUUCGUUGGCUGCCCGAGCCCUAUCACGUCGAUCGACAUUCAAACGCCCGAGUCGAGAUCGAUCGACUUGUGGGAAGUUUCGUAUUCCUCUUUUGAAAGGCUCACUGUACUCGCGUAUCCGAAGACAAACCUUGUUCUAUUUUGUUUCGCCCUUGAUUACUUGGAUGAUGCCGGUGUGGUAUACGAUGUCCAGGAUAAAGUGGAUUAUUUGAUAUCGAAAAAAUCCCAUAAGCCAAGAGAUGCGCCGCUCAUUCUAGUCGGGUGUCGAAAUGACCUGCGAAAACAGCAGGAAGCCGCGAAGAAUACGAGGGUCUUUACGCAGGCCUCUCAAGAGCUUAGGCGGUAUGCAAAGAAGAAUCAUGUGGAGUACUUUGAAUGUUCUGCGGAAAGUCAAGAGAAUAUUGCGGAGCUUCUUCGGGGAGUUAUCAGGAUUCUUUUCCUCGAAAGAAAGGACUCGGCUGGAAAGGACUGGAAGACUAGAUCUUCCAAAUGCAUCGUGCUAUAA